AUGCUAUCAAUAAAAAAAGAUAUUGAUUUGUCAAAAUGUAUUGAUGAGAAAAAACGAAGCUCUGCUUGGAAAAAUGAAAUCUAUCGUCGUGUAGUUGAUGUUUGUAAACAGUUGAAGAAGCAAGGUGUUCAUUCAUCCAUUCUUAUCAAUGCGGCUGGUUUCACAUACACCGGCAUUGAUGAUACUGCUCAUUGUCUCACAUGUGGUCUAAAAGUAUCUGAAUGGACAGCACACAUGAAUCCAUUUACUGUUCAUGUUCAACAGAGUCCAAAUUGUUCAUUCGUUCAAUCGAUUGUAUCAAAGAAUCAAAUAAACUUUUCUUCUUCAGAUGGUUCAAUAACAGAGAACCAAAACUUUGAAUUAUCACAUAAUCAAGAAAAAUUAUUGAAACAUAAAAAAAUCGAUCAAAAGAUCGACCAUUGUCUGAUAGAAGUAGAGAUAAUGAAAGAAGUUCGUUGUCGAACAUUUUCACAUUGGCCUCAUCAGAAAGUACUAUCUCGAACACAAAUGAUUUCAGCUGGAUUUUUUUAUUGUAAUGUUGGUGAUCGUGUCAUUUGUUUGUAUUGUAAUUUAAUUUGUCAACAAUGGACACCACAUAUUGAUGAUCCAGAGGAAGUACAUCAAACUCUUUCAUCUCUAUGUCCAUAUGUUUUAUUUAUUUUAAAAACUCGUCAAACAUCAACUGCAUCAAUUCUUAAUGAUAAUUCGAAUAAUCGAGCAGUAACAUCUAAUCUAUUGCGAUUUAAUGAAAUAGCUCAAGCAUCAGCAUUUCAUCGAGCCUAUGUUGAAAUUUGGAAACGUCAAUCAUCAUUUAAUUCUUGGCCUCAAGAAGACUUACCUUCUGUUGAUGAUCUUGUUCGAGCAGGAUUUUUUUAUACUGGUUCAAAAACAAUUGUUACCUGUUUUUAUUGUAACGGAUCACUUCAAAAUUGGGGUCCCAAAGAUAAUCCAUUGAUUGAACAUGUACGUUGGUUUCCACUUUGUGCCUACGCUAAACAAUUAUGCGACGAUGAACUAUAUCGACAAGUUCAAGAAUCAAAACGAAUUCGUCAAGAACGUGCUGGAACAAAUCAAAAAGAGAGAAAUGAAGAUUUUUCGAACAAUCAUCGAGCAAACAAUUCUCAACUAAUGAUUCCUGAUGAGAACACAUUGUCACGAUUUGUUGCUGCUCGACUCGAUUUGCCUAUUUCACAAAGUUUACUCAAUCGAAAUUUCAAAUUAUCAGUUAUCAAACGUUGCUGGGAGGAUCAACUAAGAUUAAAACAAAAUGAUUUUGCUACAGAUUGUGAUUUAUUAAUUGCUUGUAUUAUUCUUCAAAAACAAAUUGAUCAUAUCAAUGGUCGUCAAGAAAACAUUAUUGUACCGAGUAUCAAGAUGAAAAUGAUUCGUGAGACAGAACAAUCCAGUUCAUCAUCAUCCACACCAACAUCGAACGAAUCAUUUUCGUCAAAUUCAUCGAAUACUAAUAACAUAACCGAAUCAAAAUCAACAAUUGCAACGGUCGAUCCUCAAUCAACAACAGAAAUAAAAGCUAGUUUGAUAACAGAUUUAGCGUCGUCGAAUUUGUGUAUACUUUGUUUAACAGAAGAUAAACGUCUUGCAUGUAUUCCAUGUGGACAUUUGGCAACUUGUGUUCCCUGUGGUCAUUCACUUCGAACAUGUCCAGUUUGUCGAAGAGAAAUAGAGGCUUUUGUACGCAUCUACAUUUAA